AUGGCGUCCUCCACGACCACUGCGACGGUCUCGCCGUUCCUCGCGGCUCUUCUCACCGGGACUGCUCCACCGCCUCUUGUCCCGCCGCCGAUCUCCACGCGCUCGGCGGGAUCGAUCUUCAAUGAUGGCGCUGGGUGGCCCUUCGCCGCCGCGGUGUCUCCCCUUGCCCUGCCCACGGUUUCCGCCGCGAUGCCUCACGUGGCGGUGCCAUCUGCCGCGAUGCCUCCCGCAGCGGUGCCAUCUGCGGCGGUUACUGCCGUCCGCCAUGCACCCGCCGCGGCUGCGCCUGCCCCGACCCCUCCUCUGCCGUCGGCGAUCUAUAGUGCCCCUGGUGCUCUCAGUGCUGGUGCACCAUCGCCGCCGGCCGCGUCGGCGCCUAUUGUUCCAUAUGGAGCUGGUCUCUAUGGCCAGCCGCUGUUCUACGGCAUGCCACCCUUAUCCUAUGGGCCGCACUCGCCGCCGCCGCCUCCACCGGCGGUUGACCUAUGCUGCUACUGA